UCUUAUUCAAAACGAAGCAGAAGCCAACAAUCAUAAGAAGAUUCGUUCCGAAAGACAAGAGAAAUGAGUGCUGUUGCAAUUAACCACUUGUUCGGUUUGCCUGAGACCAUCGAGAAGCUGAUCUUCCCGACUUCCCGCUCCGGUGAAGGUAACGAGACUCGAGGAGGAAGCAACAACAACAUCCCAAUUGACAUUCUUGAAUCUCCCAAAGAGUACAUCUUCUACGUCGACAUCCCCGGAAUCUCCAAAUCCGACAUCCAGGUGACUGUAGAGGAAGAGAGGACGCUGGUGAUAAAGAGUAACGGGAAGAGGAAGAGAGAGGAUCAUGACGAGAGCGAAGAAGGAUGCAAGUACAUAAGGCUAGAGAGGAGACUUCCUCAGAAUCUCGGAAGACGGAAGAAGAAGAAGAAGAAAGUGGCGGAGACUUACGUUUGACUUGAUAAACGGUGCCUCGGCUCAACGGGACUUGGGGAAGGAAGCCUCAUACUCUGGGAUCGAUCAGUCGAAGCGAGUAGCUGCUGCUGCAGCAGGACGAAUGAAUAGCUUCAGUUCUCGUCUCUUCUCUGUUUGAUUUUCCGAGAAAACUGCCUCCAGAAAAUAAUUAGAGAGCGAGAGAGAGAGAGGAGAACAAAUCAAAUAAUUUCGUUUGUUAAUUGUAUGCGCUGUGUUAUUGACAAGUUGUUUGAUAUUUUUCUGUUAAUACUAUAGUAAUAUACUGGAGAUCUUAAAUGA